AUGUCUCUCCUGAGAAGUCUUGUUGCGUUUGCGUUCGCUUUUUUCGUGGCAGUGAGUCCACUGGAGGCAAAAACGCGAAAAUCAUCUCCUCCGCACAUUUUGUUUAUGCUUGCUGAUGAUCUCGGGUGGAGCGACGUUGGAUUUCAUGGAUCAAAAAUCAACACUCCAACCAUUGACUCGUUGGCCAGAGAAGGGGUUAUACUCGACAAUUAUUAUCUUCAACCGCUUUGUACACCAGCCAGAGGAGCACUUAUGACUGGAAGGUAUCCCAUUCACACAGGUAUAGUUAAUGUGCCGCUCACCUGUUGCUUUAAUAUUUCGCCUAUAGCACUACUACUUUGGCAUUCAGUGGCAAUAGCUACAAAAUCCCACUGACUUAGAGUAAAACCCCGAUACACCUUCUAUAGUACCCUACCAAGUCUUCUAAAACAAGGUCCAUUAUCUUCUCUGAAAAGACAGUUUAAGAGUCGCUAGAUGUAUCGGCUUUUUACUUUAGGCGAGGGAAAGGCUAUCAGAAAAAAGAACAAAGAUUGCAGCACAAUAUUAGGAAGCAUGGCCUGGGUGAGGCACUUUUUAAUUUUCAUUUGAUGAUAGUCGUAUAACAUUAGAAAUGUUCGAACAAUCUGCCGAGAAUUCUGGGUACAGCGAAGAUUAUCAACGCUCGUAAAUAAGAGAGAGAUUUAAUUCUGAAAAGAUGUGUGUGAAAAAAGUAAAAGAAAGUUAUUGUUUUAAUUUGUCAAUACAUAGGUCGUUAUAUUCAGUGGCACCUUAGAAAAAAAAAUAAAGUAUAGGGUUUGUAUAACACAAAGUGCCUGAGAACAUGUUACGAGAGCAUGUUCUGAAAUAUUAUAACUGCAUGUCUGUAAAUCUUCGUGUUUUUUUUAAUUUGAAGAAAAAAAAAACCAGAUUUCUAACACCCAAAACAUUUCACCAUAAUUCUGUCUUAUUAACAAAAUUAUUAGAUUAUAAGUAAUUAUUAAUGUUUAUGUUGACAUGUUAGUCUUUUAUGAUAUUAUAAAGUUACUUAUUCUUUCACGGUAAAUUUUUCCUAUUAACAAAAUUGUAAGAUUAUAUACAAGUUAUUUGUGAACGACUAUGUAAUAAUUUUUACGUCUAACAUGCGACCCACCUAGAAUAGCACUCAAGCUAACUAUGGGCGCAUGAAAAAUUGUAAAUACAAAUCCGAGUAAUGAAAUGUAUGUAUGUAUGAAUGGCCUCUGUUUUACAUUUUACCGGAGUCCCCUAGGGGAAGGGUUACGAAACAUACCAAGGAACUCGUAAAAGGGGCAAGUUUCUAAAGAGGCUGUAGUGCUGCAUCGGUGGGGGGUAUUUAUAGUGAUUGUAACUGGGUUGCCUGCGCAAGCGCAACCCUAGGCAUUAUAGGCGAACGAGAAAUAAAGAUGGCGGACUGAAACGUGUUCUUGUUUCUCUGAGGAUUUUCCACUUGUAUCGAGGACUUAUAUGUAGUAGAAACAUUUAAUUGCCAACGAAGAUUGUAGAAAUCAUCUCAUAAGUGGAAGUCAUCUCUUUGUUGGUAUUCAGCCGAUGGAUAUUACGGGCUCAAAAUCGGAAUUGAGUGAGCGAUGGCGUGUUUGGCUGCGAGGACUCAUUUAUCAUGCCGAAGGCAAAGCAAAUCUCUAAAGUGCCGUAAGACGGCAUUUUACUCUGUACAUAAUCAUCUUCAGGCCAGAAUGUAGCCGAUUCUCUAAGUCGUGUGACGAAGGUACCACCCUCACCUUGUGAUGGUUCAACCAAAGAAUAUAUUGGAAUGAUAACAGUCGAUAUAACACCUGGCUCGAUGACUACCCGUCCAAUAGAGAGAGCUUCUGCUGAGGAUAAGGAACGACAGAAGUGCGUCGAUGUUGGAAGACAGGAGACUGGUGUACUACUCCUAAUUUGCACAGACUGUUGCGUGAUGAAAGUAUUAUGAUUGGAAGAUUAGUGAUGAAAAGUAUGCAGAUUUUUGUUUCCGCAAAUUUGCAUGAAUAGAUGCUUAAUUUAGCUCACGAGGGUCACCAAGGGAUCGUGACAAUGAAGGAUGGUCUCCGAAGCAAAGUAUGGUGGCCCAACAUGAACAGCAUGGUGGAGAGGCACUGCAAGCAAUGCCCAGGAUGCCAAUCUGUGACCCCUGUUUCCACCACGCCUCCAGUAAGGGCAACCACCUUGCCAAGCAAACGAUGGAGAGACCUUGCGUUUGACCUGAUGGUCCUACUUCCGGUCGGGGGAGAGGCUCCUUGCAACCCUAAGGCGUUCUGGGCGAGCGAGCAAUAAAGAUUGCGGUCUGAAACGUGUUGUUGUGUCUCCGUGGAUAAUCUGCCUGCAUCGAGGACUUGUUUGUACUACAGACAUUACAGUAUUUUAAGAUAAGUUCGUUUCAUCAACUGAGCUGAUAAUGUAAAUUGGCCGCCGUAAAGAGUUUCUAGAGCUGACGUUACGAGCGUUAGCAUUUACAACUACAGGAGAGACCUGUGAGAGAGCCGGCUGCAGAAAGAAAUUAUUUUCGAGCGAAACCGAUGGUGGUCUUUUUUUAACUGAUAAUUAAGAUUGAGUGCGUGCCAUGAUUAAUUUAUAUGUUAUAAGGUAAUCUACGAUUUUAUCCAACUCUUUCAGGACUUCAGCAUGAUGUGAUUCGCCCCUCAAAUCCAUUUGGAUUACCAUUAGAUUUUCAGACCUUACCAGGACAGCUAAAGAAAGUUGGUAAGCCACAGCCUUCCAUGAUUCUGGCCCUUUAUUAAAUAAAAAUGAAGGAUUUGUUAAUUCAAACUGAGACUCGUUUCGAAGUGUAACUUUUUAUAAGAAAGAAGCCCUUCACACCAAUGCAUUGAGGCGGAUCAACUUAAAGGGCGCCUUACCCAACACCAAUUUCUCGCUGCUUUCUGUCAAUAAACGUGUCUAUGAUUAUGGCGUUUUGUUUAUACAUCAUUCUGCGCGAAUAAAUCUUCAAAAUACUUCAAUAGAUAACCUCAAUUUACAAAUGGGGCGUAUUUCAUUUAUUUUUUUUUCUGUCAGGUUACGCGACUCAUUUGGUUGGCAAGUGGCAUCUUGGUUUCUAUAGAUGGCCCUAUGUUCCAACCAACCGUGGUUUUGACUCCGCUUAUGGAUUCUGGGGUGGUGCUGAAGAUCAUUAUAAUCACACAAGUUACAAAGUAGUUGAUUUUCGUAAUGGAACCGAACCUGUGUUAGACCUGAACGGAAAAUACGCAGCAUUCGAAUAUGUUAAGGUCUAAUGGUUGAUACUUUCUACGUAGUAAGGGUUUAUAGCGCAACAUUUGUGAGACUUGGGUAGUAAAUUGCGGUCACUCAAUUCAGAGAUCCGUCGUCAUGGAGGACAUAAUGCCAGAUCCUCUCACGACUCCUGUGACAUAAAUCAACUAUGAGUUUGACUCUCCUGUCAGACGAGGUACGAAUCCAUCGCCGGUAACCUCCCAGCAUAGUGUGUCAGACUUGCCACGAAAUUUGCUAAUGCCCAAAUAAAGUUAUACGCUUUUUGUGAUACCAGCACUUCUCCAACUCCCUCUCACCUAACCGCAUCUUGAAUAUAUAUUUGACUUCAGCUUUUAUCAAAAGAUAUUAUUGUUAUGUCUUUAAGUGGCAAUGGCCUGAGUACCUUAACAGCUGUUUUUAUUUCACUAUUUCAUCAGAGGAUAGAAGAGAUUUUGGAUCAACAUGACCCAAAACAGCCCCUGUUCCUGUACAUGGCCUUCCAGAAUGUUCAUAAUCCCAUCCAGGCACCAGACCAGUAUGUGGACAAAUUCUCGUUUAUUCAUCAAAAGAUGCGCCGAGUGCAUGCUGGAAUGGUCGCUGUACUGGACGAAGCUGUUGACAACAUCACUAAAAUGUUUAAAAAGAAAGGGUGAGUUUCGUAUCAAUUUCCUUGAAGGUUUCAUACUUUGAUUCUCUUGUGAGUUUAAGCGGCCAUUAUCCUGGAUUCGUGUCAUCUCACGUUACUGGGAAAGACUCUUAUUGCAUGAAGUUAAUCCCCCAAAGGAACUCUUUGAGUUUGUAUGCCCAGGGUUUACGGCAGCCGUGAUAACUCUGUUGAUUUGAAGGAUAAAUACAAGCGUUUGUGAUCUUCAUUGUUCUCGUCCAGGCUAUGGGAGAACACUUUAACAGUCUUCACCACUGAUAAUGGUGGAGAACCUAUAUAUGGCGGAUACAACUGGCCUCUUAGAGGAACAAAACAUACUUUAUGGGGGGGAGGAGUGAGAGGUGCUGCUUUUGUCCACGGAAAAAUGUUAGAAAAGACCGGCGUGAAAUGCGAAGGACUUCUACACAUCAGCGACUUCUUUCCUACUCUCAUCAACCUUGCAGGUUUGGUUAUCUAUGACUUCAUUUCAACUUCUUUGAUUAUCCCUCACUUGAAGGUGUGUCUUUUCCAUUUAGAUUUGAAGAUUGUUUAAGAAUAGUUACUCUAAGACUCUCGACCCAACAUCUCGUAUGGAACAUAAUGUAGAAAGCCAAGAGUUAUCCAUCAAGUUACAAACGUAGCGAGAAAUGGAGUUAAUAUCCUAAUUAAAUAUCUUUAUAACAUAGCUAGUAAAUUUGUGUAAUCAAAUUCAAUUGCGCGAGCGUGCUUCAUAUUCUUAUUGUGCACGCUCAUGACGUCAGCAAACAAGUCUCACGAGAAAUAAAAUGUUCCAUCGGGUUGAAAAUGUUAUAAAACAAUUGAUUCAUACGUCAGCUGUGCUUUCAUCGAGAUAUGAAGCACGCGGGAAGUUUGGAAAGCGCUCAAGAAGCUAGAGCCUCGAGCAACUCUUACUCAUCUUUCGUGCUCUCCAAACUUCCCGCGUGCUUCAUAUCUCGAUGAACGCACGCUGACGUAUGAACCAAUUGUUAAUUCGGAAUAAUGUUGGUUAAAUUUGUUUACUUUAUUCUUUUUGAGAAUUAGUCGUAAUACCUGAGAGUUAAUUUAGUAAAUAGUGUUCUUGCCUCAUUUUUUCUUCCCUUUCUCCUCCACUGCUUUGUCUUUCAUGUGUUUGUUUGUGACAACUUUAUAAAUAAUGUUCUUAUCAUUCUGGUUUGACCACAGGUGGUUCGUACGAUGCAAAACAUCCUAUCCCCAUUGAUGGCUUUGAUGUGUGGAGCACUUUGUCACGCGGAGAAGCUUCACCUCGAACAGAAAUCUUGCUUAAUAUCGAUAAUCCGCCAUCUGGGACAGGUAAAAUGUUGGGAGUCAACUGGCAAGGAAUGGCUCUUCGGAAGGGAAGCAUGAAGCUUUUGAUGAAUGUUAAAAAUAUCACCUGGUUUAAACCACCCGAGCUGGGCGGAGUUCCAGUUGAUGUUCUUUUGUCUAAAGGGUUUCUUAAAGAGGAGACAAAUGAAGAGAUUCUGGAGCAGUUGAGGAUCUAUUACAUGGUCAGUGCUAUAAUAGUUGAAUUUUAACUAGUACCUCGAAAGCACCACCCGAGUUACGACAGCAAUAUGUAAUUAUCCCUCAAAAAUGUUUAUGCAAAUCACUUCGUAUACCAGAACUUCUAUAAGUUUUUAUAAACGUCCAGUUCUUUAUGUUGGAAUCUUACAGGGAAAUGCAGACCUUUUGGACGUUGUACUUUAUAACAUCACAGCUGAUCCCGAAGAGCGACACGACCUCAGCACUGAGUUACCUGAUGUUCUGAAGGAGAUGAAAGAUAGAAUGAAUUAUUACCUAAACACUACAGUUCCUGCCGCCUACAAACCUGCUGACCCAAAUGCACUAAAAGAGGCUCGUAAGAAUGGUAUUUGGGGACCGUGGAUGUAGAUCGGAGCUGGCCGCAUCAAGCACAUCGAUAGUAAAGAGAGAGGAAACUGUCUGAUUCAAAUGGGUGUUUUACAUCUGUAGAGUAUCAAAUGCAAACGUUGUUUUUCCUUGCAGUUUUUUUUAUUCCAAGUCACUGUGUGAAAGGUGUCCCCAGUUUUACAAGCCAUCACUUUGUUAAUGGCAUGUCUUACAACCAGAUUAUCGACUGUAAAUGUACUAAUGGUGGGGAAGACAAAAGUGAC